AUGCACCCAUCUACAGCACCCACCCCUUGUCCAACGGAGCUAAGUGCUGCCGGGGAAAUCACAACACUACCAACACCUGGUUUGCAAAGGUCCCUACAAAACAGACUGGACUACUUUACCCUACUUGAAGGAGAAUCCUUGAGUAAUCAUAGUCGCAAACUCCCCCAAGAUCUGGAAGCGGGCGGGGGAUUGCCAAGUCCCGUGCCUGGCUCUCCAAAACCGUUAGGCCACGAGGAGCUUCCAGAAGUUGAAAAACGAAACCAAGAUCCAAACGAACUACGCAAUUGGUGGGCCAGGAUACGCGCGCGUUAUCCCGAGCCAUUCGCAGAAUUUCUGUCUACGGUCAUAUCUAUAUUUUUGGCAACUUCAGCAACACUGAACUCCAUGCUUUCGACAGAGUCUCGGAAAAAUUGUGGCAAUCUCGAGAUUAGCUGGGCGUGGGGUUUUGCAUGGAUGCUCGGAAUCUACAUCGGAAGUGGUGUAUCUGGAGCUCAUAUGAAUCCAGCCAUUUCCAUCACCCUUAGCUUCUACCGCCGCUUUCCAUGGCGACAGUGCAUUAUAUACAUCGUCAUUCAGUUGUUUGCUGGGAUUGUCGCCGGCGCGUUGGCGUACGGUGUCUUCCACGAGAUGAUACAGCAUGCAGAUCCGACCUUGGAGGCCAGCUGGCAUGCAUGCAUUUAUCCUUGGGCUUUUAGUGACAAGUUUGAAGCUAACAUUCGGGCAUAA